AUGUCGCUGCGCCUGAAUCUCGCGCGACUGUUUGCGAGCCUUCGUCGUCGCAGUGACGACGUCGCACGAUGGCGAUUGCGUUAUCGUCCUCGAGGAUGUCGCUUUCACCCACCGCCCGUGACACGCUGCGCCAACGAAAAUCCUAACCAGUGGACCAACCGCAAUUUCGCCUCGACCGCGUUGUCCCGUAACCCUCGCGCGAAGAUCCGCGAGCCACAAACGGUGGGGCCCAUCGACGAUGAGGAGAAGGAAGAAGAGAAGCAAAAGGGUGGUUUUCUCGCGGACGCGCGAGAGACGGUACUCGUGUUAGCGAGGAUCGCGAUUGUGACCUCGGUUAUCACCACCCUGCUCGCCGCGUAUCUGAUAACGCGUUUCACCUAUACGAAUUCCUUUCCCAUCAUCCUGCGAAAAGGUAUCGAAUUUCUCGGGCCGAUUUUCGUCAAGUUCGGCCAGUGGGUAUCUACGCGGAGGGAUAUUUUCCCGCGAGACAUCUGCGACACGCUCUCGCAGCUGCAACGAAACGUGACGCCACAUUCUUGGCUGGACACGGAGCGUCUGCUCGAGGAGACGUACGGCCCUUCCUGGCGGGACUUAUUCGUGAGAUUCGAGGACGAGGGACUGAUCGGCUCGGGAUGUUGCGCGCAGGUGUACAAAGCGUGGAUCGAUCUGAGUGCGACGCGGGAUUCUCGGACGUCGCGUUUCGUGGAAAACAGAGCUCUCGAUGAAAGUGAUGAAUUCGCGCCUGCCAGUCCGCGUGCCAGGAAAUUGCAAACCGUAGCGGUAAAAGUGUUGCAUCCCGGAAUCAAAGGCCAACUCAAAAAGGACAUCGCGAUAAUGCGCGGUCUUUCCAAGUGCGCCACGCACUUCAUUCCGAAAUUGCGUUGGCUCAGUCUCACGGAUUGCAUCGACGAAUUCGCGCGCAUAAUGGAAGAUCAAAUUGACAUGCGACUGGAAGCCUCCAAUCUCGCGAGAUUUUCGGCAAACUUCUCGAAGAGGGAUGACAUCGUAUUCCCGCAUCCUUACACGCACCUGACCCAUCGCGGGAUACUCGUCGAGAGUUUCCACGAGGGUUCACCCAUAUCCGAUUACCUCAAACACGACGACGCUGGUUUACAACGGAGACUCGCCAGGAUCGGAAUCGCGACGGUUCUUAAAAUGAUAUUUAAGGAUAACUUCAUCCAUUGUGACCUGCACCCGGGCAACAUUCUAGUCGAAAAAGCGGUCGUCCCGAAGGCGAGCCUGUUCAAUACCUUUCGGCGGGUCAUUACCCCCGAUUACGUGGCGCACGACCCACGCCUGAUCAUCCUGGACUGCGGCCUAGUGGUAUCUUUGAAUGAUCGCUGCCGACAAAAUCUCCGAGACGUUUUUUACUCGGUGCUAAUGGGAAACGGCGAAAUGGCGGCGCAAUAUAUCCUGGAGCAUAGCUCGCACAUGACCCCCGAUCCGGACGGAUUCAAGUGUUCGAUGAAGAACAUCGUCAAGUCUCACCUUUGUAAUCCGUUUAACGUAAACGUAAGUACCGUUGUGUCGGAAUUAUUUGCCGCGAUGGUCCGUCACCGAGUCAAGCAGGACGGAUCCUUCAGCAGCGUGAUUCUCAGCAUGCUGGUGAUCGAGGGCCUCGGCCGCUGCCUGGAUCCCGACGUCGAUAUCUUCGCGGAGCUCCUGCCCUACAUCUUCAGCAGCGCUGUACCACGAGUAAAGACCUAG